UUGUCCGUUUGGUGAGCUCAUAGUUCCUGAAUGCUCUUAAUGUCUACGGACGUGCAACAGCAACUGCGCAUUGAAGGAUUCCAGCCUUUGCAGUCUGACUUUGCCUGAGUCCCUCCUGUCAGCCAUUCUAAGCAGCUAUCAUGGUCUCUGAGCCUGUGGUCACUGACGCCAUUACAGCACUAGGGGGCGCCCUCAGCCCAGGAUUAAGAAGAAACAGAGCGCAGAAAGAAAUACAACAUUUGAUAAAUGGAAAAAAGGGAGUCUUUGAGAAAGAGCCGCAGACCCAGGGAAGGGCUGUGGAGAUGGCUGUGCAGAUGCGGAUGCUGUACAGAUGUGUCGGAAGAGCCUCGGGGUCUGUGGCGUGAAUGUUCAUCAGUGUCAGAUCCAACUGUUCAGCUUCCUUCUAGUGGUAACGUUGAGGAGUACAUUUUUGGGUUCAAGACCAAGCAUGAUCCGGGGAGUGGCAAAAGAGUGCGCUUUGGAAGGACCAGAGGGGAUGGCGGUGACAAGGGAGUGAGUUAUGGAUGGCCCAGAUGGGAAGACAGCGAUGACCCUUUUGCUUACAGAUACCAACUCCUCAGCGUCAGGGGCCCUGGCCACCGGCGGAACAGCUGCAGGUUCAAGACCAAGCAGGGUCCAGGGAGUGGAGAGAGAGUGAGCUCUUGGGGAAUCGGACCUGAAAGCGGUGCUGACCAGCCAGUAAUCCGUGCUGAGACAGCAGACUUUGGAGGGACCAGAGAGGACAGCAGUGCUGAGGGUGUGAGCCGCCUUACUGAAGGACCAAGUGGUGGUGCCGACUUUACUGCUGGUGCCACCCCAUCACUCACCAUCUAUAAAUAUUCCGAUGAAGAGUUUGAAGAUUCACUUUCUUUCUCAGAAGGUGAGAGAGAGAGAAAACUGUCAUUGCCCAAGAUACCUACUGACUUUCAGUCCUCUGUGGAUGAGGUUCCCAGGACCCCAGCUGACAGCCUAUCAGGAGGGCAGGAAUCUCCAGAGAAUCAAGAAACAGGAGAUGUUUGCUCAGGAGAGGAGCAACUAGUCUCCUCUUUCGCGGCUAAACUUGGCUUUGAGCGUGACCCGGGCUGUAAACAUAAUCACUUUCUGGGACCUGAUGGAAAGGUGGAUAUCGAGUUGAUUGACGAGAGCGUAAACAGAUACAGCGUCCACUUCCCCACAGCCGGCUACUAUCUGUGGUUAGCCAAGGGCCUUGGCUUUGUGGUAAGGGCAGCAGUGACCGUGAGGAUUGCAUUCGACUCUUGGGGUCAGCACCUGGGCCUGUCCCUGCAGCUCAGUGAGCAGUGGAUGGUGGCUGGCCCUUUGUUUGAUGUCACUGCAGAGCCAGAGGGGGCUGUGGCUGAAGUCCACCUCCCCCACUUCAUCUGCCUGCAAGCAGGUGAUGUCGACGUCGCCUGGUUCCAGGUUGCACAUUUUAAGGAUGAAGGGAUGGUCCUGGAGAAGCCAGCUCGGGUGGAACCUUUCUAUGCAGUACUGGAAAACCCCAGCUUUUCCCUGAUGGGAAUCCUACUGAGGAUCGCCAGUGGGACCUGCCUUCCCGUGCCCAUCACCUCCACCACGCUCAUCUAUUAUCACUCCCACCCCCAAGAUAUUAAAUUCCACUUGUACCUUAUCCCCAGUGACGCCUUGCUAACGAAGGCAAUAAAUGAUGAGGAAAGUAGGUUCCAUGGUGUGCGUCUGCAGACCUCGCCCCCAAUGGAACCUCUGAACUUUGGUUCCCGUUACAUUGUGUCUGGUUCUCCUCACCUGGAAAUAAUGCCUAAGGAGUUGAGAUUGUCCUACAGGAGCCCUGGAGAAAUCCAGCCCUUCUCUAAAUUCUAUGCUGGGCAGAUGAAGGAACCAAUCCGACUUGAAAUUACUGACAGAAGACGGACUUUGGUCUGGGAGACUGUGGUGAAGCCAGUGGAUCUCCAGCUUGAUUUUGCCUCAGUCCCUCCUGAUUUCUCAGGUGCCGCCUUUGUAAAGGAGCACCACCGGCAACUCCAAGUCAGGCUAGGAGACCUGAAUGGGGUGCUGGAUGAUCUUCUGGACAGUAAUGUACUCACUGAAAAUGAAAAGGAUCUGGUGGAGCAGGGAAAGACCCGGCAGCAGAAGAAUGAGAUAUUGCUGAGCAUGGUGGAAAAGAAAGGGGAUGAGGCUCUGGAGUUGUUCUAUGAAAGCGUUAAGAAAAGAGACCCUUACCUCGUGUCCUAUCUCAGCCAGUGGAAUUUGUAAACAGCUCAGACAGACAGAAAGAGGAAAUCUGGGUCUCCACUGGAAAUAAAUAAAUGGGAAAAUGAUCAUUUAUUUCAGUGGUUAUGGUAGGAGAAGACUGGAUAUCAUCUACCCAACAUGUAGGCUUCGGAGACAGACAUGCAACCUGGUCCAUAACUAUUGACUGUAUUCUAAUACCUUAAACUCAAGAAUAUCUGAAGAGAGUAGUAAUAUAUUUUUUAAGCUUUAUCUAACCCAGGCUUUAAAAAAUAGCUAUUUCAUUCAUCUAUACAUUUCUUGGAGACCUAGGGUAAAGGAAGGCAAGACAGGUUUGUUUAUGAUUGGCAUAGAUUGGAAAGGCAAAUCAUGAUUAAUGCGAAAAUCUAUACCUGUGAACACUCCACUUGAAGUUUCACCUUCUCACAAUGAAAGAUAGGAAGGCUGAUAAAAACUUCACAAUUGGGGAAAAGAAAGAAGCAAAGCAUUUAAUGGACACAAAAGUGGGAAAUUAUCUGCUGAUGAUAAUGUAUUCAGCAAUAUUUUUGAAUGGACUAAUUAAUAUGCAGUGUAUUAAUGGGGAAUUUGACUUUGUGCGCUAUGAAGAUGAACAGUGAUUAAAUGUAAAAAAAAAA